AUGAGGACGCUUAUCGCACUUGCUGUGCUAGGAUGUAUAUUAGUUAGUUGUUCGGGCCGCGAGAUCGGUCAGAAGGAGGACCUAGAGGUGGCUGCUAGCCAUCAUAAAGGGCACCACCAUGAAGAAGGUGGCGGCAAAGAGCAUCACGCUCACCACCACCACGAACAUGGGCACAAGGGCCAUAAGGGACACAAAGGACACCACCACCACCACAAAGGCGACCACGGUGAACACCACAAGCAUCACCACGAAGGCCACCAUCAUGAACACGGCGGCGGCCAUAAGAAGCACUGGGACGAGCAUGACCACCACGGGAAACAUCACGAGCACGGCCACCACCACAAGGGCGGCAAGCACCACCACAAGAAACACCACGACAAGGGCGAAGAAGUCGAGGGUUACCAUAAGAAGUACCAUAAGGACGAGUACCACAAAGACCACCACUUCUACGAUGACCACCAUAAAGAAGGCAAACAUCACAAACACGGCCACCACCACGGACACCAUGACCAUAAGGGAGGCCACCACAAGAAGGGAGGUCACCAUCAUUCCGGCCACCAUGAAGGCCACCACGGAAAGCACCACCACCAUGACAAACACCAUCACGACGAAGAUCACAAGGGACACAAGGGCCACCACGGCCACGAGGAACACCACCACCAUCAUCAUGACCAUGGCAAGAAAGGUGGCCACGAUGACCACAAGCAUUGGGGAUUCCAUCAUGGCAAACAUUGA